UAGCUCAAAGUAUAAUUAUGCUUCUUUGUUUCCUUCUGUCUCCUUAGCAUGCAAGGCCUGAAUCCUGGCCUUAGUGAAACCUGCAAUAUGCUGAGAAGACACAUAGAUAUUCCCAAAUUCAUUAAUCCCUUUGAUGAUGCCUGGAUGGCACAGCAGGUGUUCAACAGCAAAGCAGAAUCUCUUGGAAAAGAUGAUACUGGAAACUCUGAAUCCAAUGUACUACAACAUCACCAGCCUAGUACCAGACACGAUGCCAGUGGCCACAGUGCCCAUACUCAUUCUCAUGUGCUUUCUGUUUCUAAUAUGGAAUCAUGAAGAAACUUCAUCAAUACCAGGGCCAGGAUACUGUAUGGGAAUCGGUCCCCUCAUUUCACAUGGGAGAUUUCUUUGGAUGGGAGUAGGCAACGCCUGCAACUACUACAAUAAGACAUAUGGAGAAUUUGUGAGAGUUUGGAUCAGCGGUGAAGAAACAUUUAUAAUUAGCAAAUCCUCAAGUGUGUUCCAUGUAAUGAAACACUGGCAUUAUGUUUCUCGAUUUGGGAGCAAGCUUGGAUUACAGUGUAUUGGCAUGUAUGAAAAUGGGAUUAUAUUCAAUAACAACCCGGCCCACUGGAAAGAAAUUAGACCCUUUUUCACCAAAGCUCUGUCUGGUCCUGGUCUCGUGCGUAUGAUUGCAAUUUGUGUUGAAUCAACUAUUGAUCACCUGGACAAACUAGAGGAAGUCACCACUGAAGCAGGAAACAUCAAUGUAUUGAAUCUUAUGAGACGGAUUAUGCUCGACACAUCUAACAAGCUUUUUCUUGGGAUCCCUUUGGAUGAACAUGCCAUUGUACUUAAGAUUCAGAACUACUUUGAUGCUUGGCAAGCACUUUUAUUAAAGCCUGACAUCUUUUUUAAGAUUUCUUGGCUGUGCAAGAAAUAUGAAGAGGCAGUUAAGGAUCUUAAAGGAGCAAUGGAAAUCUUAAUAGAACAGAAACGACAAAAGCUGUCCACUGUGGACAAGUUGGAUGAACACAUGGAUUUUGCAUCCCAGUUGAUUUUUGCACAGAACAGAGGGGAUCUGACAGCCGAGAAUGUGAACCAGUGUGUGCUGGAGAUGAUGAUUGCUGCUCCUGAUACUCUAUCUGUGACACUCUUCUUUAUGCUAAUACUGAUUGCAGAGCACCCCACAGUGGAAGAAGAAAUGAUGAAAGAAAUUGAAACUGUUGUGGGUGACAGAGAUAUACAGAGUGAUGACAUACCAAACUUAAAAAUUGUGGAGAAUUUUAUUUAUGAGAGCAUGAGAUACCAGCCCGUUGUGGACUUGAUCAUGCGAAAAGCUUUACAAGAUGAUGUAAUCGAUGGCUACCCGGUGAAAAAGGGGACAAACAUCAUUCUCAAUAUUGGACGUAUGCAUAAGCUUGAGUUCUUCCCAAAGCCAAAUGAGUUUUCUCUUGAAAAUUUUGAGAAAAAUGUUCCUUCACGCUAUUUCCAACCGUUUGGCUUUGGCCCUCGGGGCUGUGUAGGAAAGUUCAUUGCCAUGGUAAUGAUGAAAGCUAUUUUGGUGACUCUUCUGAGACGGUGCCGAGUACAGACAAUGAAAGGAAGAGGCCUUAACAACAUCCAGAAAAACAAUGACUUAUCCAUGCACCCAAUAGAGAGGCAGCCUCUGCUGGAGAUGGUUUUCACACCAAGAAGAAACACAAACAAGAAUCAGUGUGACUAAAGUGCAUCAGCAUCCAAGGGACAGGGUCCCCUCAGCCACAGCCACCAAUACCCACCAUUCCUAGGUAAAGACAGAGUAAAAUGUUUUGUUGCCCCUAAAUCACUACAGCUUCAGGAAAGAACUUGUUCUGCCCCACAGCAGAGCCAGGUUCUGACUGCAACUUCAAUGUAAAAAAAUAAGAGUAAUAUUACAAAACAGUCCUGCCAGUAGGGGCCACACUGCAUGCAAGAUUCCUGGCUACUUUUUAAAGCCAUCAGGUUCAGAUGAAGUCAUGCUUGCUUUUCAAACUGUGCCAAUUCAGAGGUUUGGGAGUCAAUAAAAAGUUAGGUCUAGCAGUGUUCAACUACGGCAAAAUCUCCAUCUGAGUUUGAAAACAUCUGGAUGACUAAUUCUGAAGUUGGCUCUAAGACUAUGAAACAAUUUAAAAUAUUUAGGACACAUGUAAGUUACAAAAAAUGUUUGUAAAAGGUUGUUCCAACACUUUUCUUUACUGUGUUUUGCUGUCGUAUUAAACAGCUAUCAAAGACUUAGUGUCAGAUAGAUUUUACAGAUGAUAGUAAUUUUCAGAGUAGUAAAUGACAUGACAGUUGAGAUAACUGUUCUACAUUAUUAAAACUGCUACAGAGGAUCUGCAAACAUCUUAGUAACGAUGAGCUAAGAAUAAAGUAAUGAAUAUGAAACAUUACCACUGGUAUUACACAGGGAGGCGAAACAACAACCGGCUCCACAUCAUCUGGUUAACUGUAGAGGUUUCCCACCUCAUCUCAGGUUGGUGAAGUUCAAAUUCUCUCUAAGCUGCCUAAGUGGUACCAAACAGUGUUUCAAUCUGCUUUGAAUUGCUCAGUUCUACUCCUGAAAGGAAGAUUUGGAGUUGCUGCCCAUGUUCCCAUACCACCAUCCCUAAUUACAUAUCUCUUACUGCUUCUCCUGAAAGAGCAGUGAGCUGUAUCCUGCUCUCAAGCGUCUUAAUUCACACCUACUGAGAUAAAGAGAGCCAGGAGAAUAAGAGGAGAAACACUGGCUCAAGAGGUAGUCUGUUAUUAUUUUUUUUAAAGUUAAAAUGGGCUUCACUCAUAUAUUCAUGGUAAGAUGCAAGUCCCAUUGGGUAAAUGUUCAGAGGUUUGCAGUGACAAAGGAUAAGAGUUUUGAAGUAACAAAGAGAUUUCCAGAAAACUUUUUUUUUUAAAUCUGUGUAUGC